AUGUUUGAUCAUAUUAGCCAAUUGCCUGACUGCAUCUUAUCUUACAUUCUCACAAAGUUAUCCAUCAAAGAUUUUUUGAAAACAACUAUACUCUCUAAAAGGUGGCGUAACCUUUCUAGUUUCAGAAGAGAUCUUUACUUUGAUGUCUUGAAUGUCCUUGAAAACACUGAGGAGGAGCUACUACAAAAGGGGUAUCUUAUUGAUGUCCCUCUCCAUACUAGUUAUAGUUCUUCCAUGGAGAGAAGGCUCAAUUUGAAUAUUAGUAGGGAUCCAUUUGUGAAACGUGUAGAUCAAUUUCUCAAACAUGCCACAACUAUUGAUUCUUUCUUGCUCAACUUCUAUUUAGAUUCUCAACAACAAAGCACCAUUGAUGAAUGGAUAAGUUUUGUAAUUGCUAGAGGUGUUGGAAGAAUUGAUUUACUCCUUAUUGGAAGCCCUUAUACACUUCGCGGCCUUCCGCGUAGACCUUAUAGAUUUCCCUUCCAUUUAUUUCUAGAGACUAAUGCUUCAACUCUGAAGCAUCUGCGUCUUGAAUAUUGUCUUCUUUACCAUCCAAAUCCAACUAACUAUGACUUUAGUUCAUUCAAAAACUUGAGUUUCCUUUCACUUAAAAGGGUAAAAGUGGAUGAAAUUUUCUUUGAAAGUUUAUUAUCUAACUGUAAACAACUUGAAGAGCUUCACUUAAUUUACUGUGAAUUCAAAUCAUUAACACUCAAGAUAGUGAGUUCUUCCUUACUUGAUCUCAAAGUUUCAUUAUGCUAUGUCCUAUUCGGCAACAUCCAGAAGGAUGUAAACCUGACAUCACUAGAUUGCCUUAAACUCAUUUCAUUGGACUAUGAUGGACAUUGUUUGCCCAACAUGAACUUUAAUACACCUAUGUUGAACAACAUUCAGCUCCCUUUUAUAUAUAGGGAAGAACAUCUUAAUGCAUUUAGACUCUUGGCAACUCUUCCUAAACUUGAGAUUCUGCACUUGGAUCUUUAUUCAAUGGUCCCAUCUUCCCUAAAAAUAACUCAACGACUCCAACAUCUCAAAGAGUUGAACUUGAUUCUUCACCGGCUGUUCGACACCCCACAGAAAUUAGAGUUUGGUCUUUCAGGGAUUUUAACCAUCCUACAAGCUUCUCCACUUUUGCAGAAACUUUCAGUCAUGCUCACGUAUCCUGAGAUUAUUGAAAAUCAGAAAGUUGCUAGGGAUAUUGAAGCGUUCUCUCAUGAAGAGGUCAAAGUUAUUGAGUUGAGAGGUUGUGUUGGCAAUUGGUAUGAAGUUGAGUUUGCUAUGAAUGUUAUGAAAUAUGCCAACAAACUUGAGCGAAUAGUUUUGAGUCCAUAUUGGAGAGUUGUUGUUGAAUCUUUGGAUUGGAGUUCUGAUCUUGCAUGGUUUCAAAAUGGGCGUCAAAGGAUUAGUGAAAAUUUUCAAAUCAUAGCCGAUUCCUCCUCCGAAUACGAAGAAGAAGCACCACCACAGCACCUCGAACUCGACAAUGGCGGUAACGACUCAGGCUCCAAUUCAGACUUGUCUUCCGACGGGGAUGAUCACUUAGCCGACGAUUUCCUACAAGGAGGCGACGAGGAAGGCGAUGAGUACAAAGAGAAAGCCUCGGGUUCAAAAUCUGAUUCGGAGUUGGAUUCUGACUCGGAUUUCCUGAAUGAUAAUGACCCGAGUUGUUUGUCGAUGUCACCAGAGGAAGAGAAACAGAUCGUGUCUGAGUUGAUUAAGAAAUUGGAAUUUAAUUUGAAAGAGGGCAGUUUAAGCAAAGCUGAUAAUGGUGGAUCUAAAGAUGCAUCACUUGAGUGGUGA